GACAUUCGCUCCGCAUCAGUAGGAGGCGCUGCUACGGCGAUAAUAAACGCUGACGCCGUCACUACAACGUGAAGAACACAAUUCGCGCUAUUUUUGUAACGCCUAAAAGCACAGAGUUGAGCUUUACCUUAUUUAUCUACUGAAAAUGGAUGAGGACGAAGCACAAAAACAGAGGCUUAAAGCAGCUGUGCACUACACUGUCGGCCGUCUCUGUCAACACAUCGCCGCAGACUGCGAGAAACAAAUCACUAAACAGACAAUAGCAGCUAUUGCAGAGACUGCGUUCAGACAGUGCGAUAUAUUUGCCAAGGACUUGGAAGCGUUUGCGAGGCAUGCUAAAAGACACACAGUUACAGUAGAUGAUGUAAAGCUGACAGCGAGGAGAACCACUGCACUGUACAACUACAUUCAGCAGAAAAGCGAAGAACUGGCUUUGAACAACCAAGAACUGAAGGAGAAGAGGAAGAGGAAUGCUGCCAAGAGGAAGAGUAAAGACAUGGAAGCUGAGGAGGAGAAUGAGCUUGAAGACUGGACAAAAUAAAUGAACAAAUCCUCAUUAUUCACAUUUGAGUUGUACAAAGAAGUUGUUUUUUUGCAUGUAGUAAUAAAACAGCUGUGCAAAUAUUUGUACAUAUAUCACAUUCAAUUCUAAAACACCAAUCUUUUUUUUACUCAAUCAUGAGUUCGUGUUUUAUUGUAAUAAAGAAUCCUGUAAACAUCUCUUUGUUGGCAGUAUGAAGCUCUAUGAAACAAUAGAUUGUAUAAAAUAUUUUAAAUCACAAAUUUAAAAAAAAUGGUCUUGGGGAAAAAAAA